CAAGUAUGUAGAAAAAGGGUCCACCGAGCCGUGGGCUAAAGAAUACUCGAGCAUCACAUCUCAAUAUGAAGGGAUCUACGUCUUUCUGUCAGAAUGAAGCGCUAUAGAGGAAAUACCCCCACAAUACACACACACACUCUCUCUCUCUCUCUGUGCCCAUCGAGUCAACGGUUCUCCACCUCGCCCCCUUCUCCACCGUGCCACCAAGACGUCGAAGCUGCAGCUUGCGGUGGACUGACAUCAAGGCAUGUGAUGGCCCCUCUUUUUCUCCUCUUCUUCUCUUCUCUCGCAAAGUCUUCUUCUCAUUUCGAUCUUGUUCAGUCCUACUCGUGUGAGACCCUCUGAACUACCUGAAACCUUUAGGCGGACAGCUGUGAACAGUGACUACCGGAUCCUACUGAUUCACGACCUCGGGAAGACCAGCAGCAAGCACAUUAGUAUAGUGAACUCUUCAGAUUCCUAUUCGCCCACCGAAUCCAGGGUGGAUUCCUAAGGGACUGGUCAAGGGCUGAAAAUUUCACUUGGCUUUCACAUUUCUCCCAGUUCUACCCAACACCCAGAAUCCAUUGCACAGGAUACGGGCUACCGCGAAAUCUCCCGUCCUGCUGGCAAGUUACUGCAGUAUCGAAACCGCGUCGCACGACCGGAAUUUGAAGCUACUUAAUCCGGCCCUUUUUUUCUGCCCUAUCCUCCACCUUGCUUGGAAGCUCUUCAUAGCGGAAUUGCGUGGUUACGAACUCGUGACAUUAAUACUACGCCCGAAUCAGAGCCUCUUCGGAAAUUCACCGUGUCUCUCGUUCGACACGAUCCCUUACAACAGCAAAGGGAACCCUCUCGAGAAAACAGAUCACCUGCAACCGCCCGUACACGAUGGCGGAACAACCUCGCAUUCUGCGGCCGCGUCCACGUCGUGCCUUCGAGGUCACACCUGCGUCCAACGAGUCUUCCGCACCUCCUACGCCGAGCGAACCCUCCAACCCCGAUUUCUUGAAUGCCCCAGGCGCGGACACGGCACCCAAUUCGACCAGUGUCAGUCGCACGGGCUCAAUCUUGAACCUGACUUCCUCGACUCUCUACGGUAUCUACUCCCCGACCGCGUUCGACAGUCUGCGUGAUGAGUCUAGCCCCUGGGGCACGGAGGCCCACACCCCUGCGGCACAACAUCCCCCAGAGCCAUCGCAGCGAGCGGCAGUCAAGUCGGCCAUUGAACCUCGUCGAUUGGCUUUGCGGCGGACACGCUCGCGACUAAGUCAUGGCAUGUUCCGAGGUGUCGUCCUGCCGCAAGCGUUGAGCAGUGCUCUUCUCUUUGGCUUUGGAAUCGUCUACGGUGUGAUCACUGUGCAUUUGCACGAUAACCACUGGAUUACCCCGGUGAAGCUGGAGAACAUCCACUACUACGACUCAUGGCAAUAUUUGGGCUUCUGGGGCAUGGCGGGCAUCGCCCUAGGAAACAUUCUGCCCUGGUUGGAUGGUUGGCGCGACAGCGAGUCCGCGGAGGAUGAUUCCAAGGAGGACGACGAUGCAAACCGCACCCCAUCAUGGGUCACUGUCGCUCGUAGCGUCGGUGCAUUUGUCGGCAUUGCCUUUGCCAUGCGACGACUCCCUUGGCAAUCUACCACUCAAGCCUCACUGACCCUUGCCCUUGCGAACCCCGUGCUCUGGUACCUGAUUGAUCGCACCUCGACCGGCUUCCUCCUUUCCACCACGGUUGGCUUGACCGGAAUGAGUGUGGUUCUGGGCUUGAAGCCAGAGCUGAUCCCCGCGUCCAACGGUCCGACCUUUGGCACAACUCUGCUGAACGGAACUGGGUGGGAGCAUGCGUUGGGGGCAGAGAUUUCCCAGGAGAGCAUUGCGGUCCGCACUUGGGUCGCCAGUGUUAUUUUCUGCGCCUGUAUGUGCUUUGGCAACAUUGGCCGUCAGCUCGCUAUUGGUGCUCGCAGCAAUGAUACCCUCAAGUCAUGAAGAUGAGAUUUUCUCGAUUUUCGUUCAGAGCAGUUGUCGUCGCUGAGGCUCAGGAACACCGCAUAGGCGAUUUGUUGAUAUUGGGCACGGCACGUUUUAUUAUGCGGGGGUCUGUUCUCAUCUGAUAAAUAUAAUACGAAAUGGCUUUCGGACUAAAAGUUAAAGGCUGGAAGCUAGUGUAAUGUGAAGAUUUGUAUUAAAUAUAUAACUUUUGAAAAUUUACGUGAGGGUUGUAGAAUCAAUCAUUGCAAUUCCUACCACAUGAACCCGAAGGCCAGGCAGGUACUGCACCCAAGAUCGACCCUGUCCAGUCAAGCUGUACUUGGUCUCCAUUCUCUAUGACGAUUUCCUUACUUCCUUGGACGAGUCCUCGUAGGAACGCUUUUUGAGAAGAAUGUUGUUA